CCCGCAGCCUCCAGUAUGCGCACACUCUGCUCGCCUCCACGCGUCCACUCUCGAAGGCAGUCCUCCAGGUUCCACUCUAGCCGCCGCGCUCGGUGGUUGCCACCGCCCGCCAAUCGCAGGGCCCGGACGCCGCUGGCCCCGCCUCACGGAUCAGCUGAGGGAUCCGAGAUGUCCGUUGACAGCGGCGGCGGCGGCCGCGCGGCCGGUUCCGGAUGUGAAGCCGAUGGAGCGGCCGGGGGAGGGCGAGCAGCCGCCGCAGCAGCAACCGUGGGGGAGGCUUCUCCGCCUGGGCGCCGAGGAGGGCGAGCCGCACGUCCUCCUGAGGAAACGAGAGUGGACCAUCGGGCGGAGAAGAGCACCAACGGAACAGUAAUUAACAAGCUGAAGGUUGUUAAGAAGCAGACUUGCCCUUUACAGACUGGGGACAUCAUCUACUUGGUGUACAGGAAGAAUGAGCCAGAACACAACGUGGCAUACCUCUACGAAUCCUUACAUGAAAAGCAAGGCGUAACACAAGACUCCUUCGAAGCUAAUAAAGAAAAUGUGUUCCACGUGACCAAAGAUACCUCAGGUGCAGGGCGAGGCGACGACCCCCCGGAUCCCCAGGUCCUGCCGUCGCCACCCGCCACUCAGGUGUGCUUUGAGGAACCACAGCCAUCAACGUCCACAUCGGACCUCUUCCCCACGGCCUCUACCUCUUCCAUGGAGCCCACCUCUGCAGGGCGAGGGCCUCCCUCCAGCUCCGGCUCGAGAGGUGCAGACAUCUCCCCAAAAGGGUGUGGUCCAUCUGUGGCAAGUGAUGAAAUCGCCAUCUGCCCUUUGGCUCUCCCAGAAAGAGAGGGGGCAUCCUUUUCUCUAUUGGAACCCAAGGAUCAGGAGGAUUUGGAGCCCGUUAAGAAGAGAGUAAAAGCAGACGGGGAGCCCACCCUGAACCUGCCCAUGCUGGUCGCAGACCCGGGCGGGGACCCCCACAGUGCGCUUGACGUCAGAGCUGCGACCGUGAAGCCAGACAAGAUGGAGGAGACGCUCACGUGCAUCAUCUGCCAGGACCUGCUGCACGACUGCGUGAGCCUGCAGCCCUGUAUGCACACCUUCUGCGCCGCCUGCUACUCGGGCUGGAUGGAGCGCUCCGCCCUGUGCCCCACCUGCCGCUGUCCAGUGGAGCGGAUCUGUAAAAACCACAUCCUCAACAACCUGGUGGAGGCGUAUCUGCUGCAGCACCCAGACAAGAGGCGCAGUGAGGAGGACGUGCGCAGCAUGGCCGCCAGGAACCGGAUCACGCAGGACAUGCUGCAGCCCAAGGUCAGGAGGGCCUUCUCCGACGAGGAGGGGAGCUCUGAGGACCUGCUGGAGCUGUCGGAUGUGGACAGCGAGUCCUCGGACGUUAGUCAGCCGUACAUCGUGUGCAGACAGUGCCCCGAGUAUCGCAGGCAGGCGGGGCGGCCCCUCCCCUGCCCAGGGCCCGGCAGUGAGCCAGGGGCACCACAGGCUCCUGGGGAUGCACCAUCGACGUCCGCCAGCAUCACGACAGCCCAGGACUACGUGUGCGCCCUGCAAGGAAGCCACGCCAUAUGCACCUGCUGCUUCCAGCCCAUGCCCGACCGGAGGGCGGAGCGUGAGCGGGACCCCCGCAUCGCCCCCCAGCAGUGUGCCAUCUGCCUGCAGCCCUUCUGCCACCUGUACUGGGGCUGCGCCCGGACCGGCUGCCUCGGCUGCCUGGCCCCGUUCUGCGAACUCAACCUGGGCGACCGGUGUCUGGACGGGGUGCUGAGCAACAACAACUACGAGUCGGACGUCCUGAAGAAUUAUCUGGCCACCAGGGGUUUGACGUGGAAAAACAUGUUGACUGAGAGCCUCGGGGCUUUACAGAGGGGCGCGUUCCUGCUGUCCGAUUACAGAAUCACCGGGAACACCGUGCUGUGCUACUGCUGUGGCCUGCGGAGCUUCCGCGAGCUGACCUACCAGUAUCGGCAGAACAUCCCUGCUUCUGAGCUGCCAGUGGCCGUAACGUCCCGUCCUGAUUGUUACUGGGGCCGCAACUGCCGCACUCAGGUGAAGGCCCACCACGCAAUGAAAUUCAAUCACAUCUGUGAACAGACGAGGUUCAAGAACUAAACAUCCAGGGAGGCAGCACAAUGGCUUGGGAGUGUUGCUGGUCAAUGACACCUGUCUCAGAAAAUACUGAAUACAGACGCUUUAAGGGCAUUUCACAGUCCCCCUCAGGGGGCACCAGGGGUCCCUGCGUCGGGCACUCUGGUGCGACCUUUCUCUUGUGGAGCGAGACCCUCUCUGCAAGAACCCCUACCAGUGGCGCCCAGAGCUCUGGGCCAGAGCAGGAGCCGUCAGCCGUCCCCUCCUGUUGAAGAUGACCACGAGCUUUGCUCUCUGUACCUUUCCCACCCCCACGGUCAAAGCAGACGUCUCUCUUCAAGAAAAGUGCUCUGGGAGAAGAAGGGGAGUUUGUCAGCCGGGGCGCGCACAGCGGCUGACCUGUGCACUUUCAUAGGUUCGGUGCUCAUCUCCUAAUAAGACUUCAGUAUCGCAAACUGUAGCACAAAUGACAUAACUUAUAAUUUACAAGUUGACUAAAAUGGGAGAUAGUAUGAUAUUUGAAAGAAUAAGCAUAUGUUUCUGUUGAUAAAAGAAAAAUCAUCAGACGUCCAGGGACCCCGGCGCCAAGGGCGUGAUUGGGUCACUGCCACGCCGGGCUCCUCAGCACAGCUGCAGCCCCGCCAACCUGUCCUGCCUUCUUCACCCCUCCCCUGCGGCCGGGGCCCGGGUGGCCCAGGGACCUGGGGUGCAGGUCGUCCCUGGUGGCGCCCCGGCCCGCGUGUAGCAGCUUCUUCCCACCGAGAGCUUCCACAAGUCCUUGCCCUUUCCGCCUGCUAUGGGUUUGCCGUGUCAUCUGGAAUAAUACUUGAAAUUUUAUUGUUUAAGAAAAAAAGUUUUUUAUCCUUUGUUGAAAUCACCCGUUAACGUUUGUUUGCAAAAUUUUACCUUUUUUGCUUCUUCUCAGGAAUACGAUUUUCAACUUUGUGUUGCUCUUGAUACAGACUGAGAAGCAGCGCUCCGUGGAAGAAGGCCUCCUUCCUGCGUUCUAAUAAACAAGCCGUGUCUGUUUCUCUCCCCGCAUGUUCGUUUGUGUGUUGGU